AUGAACAUUUUAGUCAGCGAUAAGCCGGAUAGGAGAAUUGCUAUUGUAUCCAGGUCAUAUGCCUUAAUAUUAAAGUCCGUAAAGAACAGUGAUGCCUCGCAGAGCAAGAAACCGUACUGCGCCAUUGAGCUGGUCUCCAAGAGUGCUGUUCAGGGCCAGGAUUUUGUCAAGCUCAGUGCGAAUGAACUGUACGGGUUUGUUGGGCUAAUUGAAAUUGAGGGACUGAUUUUCCUUGGUGCAAUUACGGGGAAGGCCAAAGUCGCCCAGCCAAUUCCUGGAGAAACGGUUAAUAAGAUUCUUACCGUUGAUUUCUUCUGUCUAAACGACGCUAGUUGGGAUUUUUUGGAAAUAGACUCUUCAGGGUACCCGCUAGUACCUGAGACUGAAUUGAGCGUCCCAGGGUCAGGAAGUGACUUUCAACAGCAGCAACCGAAUGAUCUAUUACCAAAACACCCUUGUUUCGAGUUGAAGAAGUUGAUGUCUAAUGGAUCGUUCUACUACAGUUCUGAUUUUGAUUUGACAUCCACUUUGCAGAGUCGCGGAUUUGGAGCACACUCCUUGAGUGCGGACAACUACGAGGCAGAGUACAUGUGGAAUUCUUUCCUAAUGGAGGAAAUAGUGACCUAUAGAGAUAGACUGGACAACCAUGCGAAGCAGAUUUUAGAUGACGAAGGGUUUCUUACCACUGUAAUUAGAGGGUUUGCUGAAACCUUUGCCACACAUGUUAUGGAGGCCAAGGUCACAUUGACUAUGAUAUCCAAGCAGAGUUGGAAAAGGGCCGGUACACGGUUCAACGCAAGAGGCGUCGAUGACGACGCAAAUGUGGCCAACUUUGUGGAAACGGAACUGAUUUUCUAUUCCAGAGAGUAUUGCUACGCGUUUACAGAGAUCAGAGGGAGUAUCCCCGUUUUCUGGGAACAGGAUACGUCAUUAAUUAACCCCAAAGUCCAAAUCACUCGGUCGAUUGAUGCUACGCAGCCGAUUUUCGACAAGCAUUUCCAAAGAUCGAUCGAAAAGUACGGACCCGUGCAUGUCGUUAAUUUGCUUUCUACCAAGAGUUCAGAAAUUGAAUUGUCUCAACGUUACAGAGAUCAUCUAACGAGAUCAAAAAAAUUAAGAAUGAACGAUGACGUUUUUUACACAUGGUUUGACUUUCACAAGGAAACCGCUCAAGAAGGGUUCUCUGGGGUAAGAAAGGUGUUACCUUUGAUAAGGGACUCGAUGCUGUGCUCCGGGUACUAUGCCUAUGACGUACAGGCUCGUAAGAUAAUAUCUGAACAGCAUGGGAUCUUCAGAACCAACUGUUUGGAUUGCUUGGAUAGAACCAAUCUAGCCCAACAAGCAAUAUCGCUGGCCGGGUUCAGAAUCUUCCUGGAAGACUUGAAAUUUAUCACCAGCAAUACUUACAUCGAUGAUGAUGACUUUGUCAACAAGCACAACACUUUAUGGGCAGACAAUGGUGAUCAGAUAUCACAAAUAUACACUGGUACUAAUGCAUUAAAGUCGUCAUUUUCCAGAAAGGGUAAGAUGUCACUAGCUGGCGCACUGUCCGAUGCCACAAAAUCCGUGAGCAGGAUGUACAUCAACAAUUUCAUGGAUAAGGGUAAACAGCAGAAUAUCGAUACGUUGUUAGGUAGAUUACCACAUCAGCAGCCGGUUCAACUAUACGAUCCCGUCAAUGAAUACGUCACUUCUCAGUUGGACACUAUGUCUGACCAGUUCACAUCAUACUCUACUAUCAACAUCUUUGUGGGGUCCUUCAAUGUCAACGGUACUACUCAGAAGACCGAUUUAUCAUCGUGGCUGUUCCCCAUUGGAGAUAAAUUUCGGCCGGACAUUGUUGUUUUAGGGUUGCAAGAAGUUAUUGAACUGACUGCCGGGUCUAUCCUUAACGCAGAUUACUCCAAGGGAUCCUUCUGGGAAAACAUGGUCAGCGAUUGCUUAAAUCAGUACCACGACAAAUAUCUACUACUGAGAGUGGAACAAAUGUCGUCUUUAUUGAUUCUUUUCUUUGUCAAAUCGGACAAGGCAAAGUGUGUCAAGCAAGUGGAGGGAGCCACCAAGAAAACAGGGUUUGGGGGGAUGACAGGCAAUAAGGGCGCAGUGUCGAUUAGAUUCAAAUACAAUUCCACUUCGUUCUGUUUCGUUAAUAUGCAUCUAUCUGCCGGGGUAGCCAACGUUGAUGACCGUCGCAACGAUUAUGAAAGCAUUUUGAAUGGCAUAUCAUUUACAAGAUCGAACACUAUUUCAAACCAUGACUCGAUCUUCUGGCUCGGAGAUACUAAUUAUAGAAUAAAUUUACGAAAUGAGGAGGUCAGAAAAGAACUAAAAAGUGGGAAAGAAUCAUUAACAAAAUUGUUCCACUAUGAUCAGUUGGCGCAAGAGAUGAAAUCUGGUGCUGUAUUUCAAGGAUUCAAUGAACCGGAUGUAAAGUUCCAGCCUACGUACAAAUACGAUAAUGGUACCAACACGUACGAUUCGUCUGAAAAGGCGAGAACGCCUUCUUGGACUGACAGAAUUGUUUACAAAGGUACAAAUCUACACCCACUAGCAUACUCUGACGCACCUUUGUUGAUUAGUGACCAUAAGCCGAUUUAUGGUGCGUAUAGAGCGAAAGUAAAAUCCACUAAUGACGAAGAAAAGGUCAAGUUAACUAAACAGCUGUUCGAGAAGUACAAAGUGAUGCAUCCAGACGAAACAAGCAGUUUGAACUCCCAACUUCUCAAUCUGGGCUUAGAAGGCGGGAGCAAUGACAUCUUGUCAAGAGAACUGCCUUCUACAAUUCCAAGUAGUGUAAGCCUUUUGGACAUGGGCACCGAGAGUAGCGUGAGCCCGUUAAAACAGACACCGACCUCUCUCUCGCCAUCUCAAUCCGUAUCAUCCAUUCCUAUUUCAAAUUCAAUACUACAGCCGCGGAGAAAUCCUUCGGUCACCGCAGUGGCUUCUCCACCCGCUGAAAAGGAAAACGUUUCUUCGGCUAGCAUCCUUGAUCCUGCUAUCGCAAAGCCAAAUUCAACAAAUGCAUUUAGGAAACCAUUGCUUCGUCCUCCUCCCCCACCUGCCUUCGGAGACACCAACGUUGAAACUAAUGGUAAUAAACCUAGACAGGAGAAUAUACCUUCUGUUAGACCGCACGUUGGAAACACCAAACCGCAACAGUCUGCAAAUGUAUCCAAGUCGGUGGUAAAGAACACAGCACAUUUUUCUUCGCCUCCUCCAGGAUUCACUAGCUCAAUGGUUCUGACACCAAAGAAUGCAGCCAGUGGCUCGCAGACUUCAUCAACUCCGGGCCCAUCGGUUUCACCAGCGACGAAACCGCCCACCGACGGAAUCUCGCAACUAACAAAAACAAAUCUGGAUGGAGACCGGUCAUCAUCGCAAAGCACAUCUGUUGCCCCAGCUGCCCACUCUAUGGACUCUUGGCAACCGCUUCAGCCCAAAUAA